GCCUCAGCUCCUUACCCUCUCCCCCCCCCGCCACUUCCUCCAGCUAAGUACAUGUACUGCUUGCAUGCACUAGCCAAGACCAAUACCUUGCAAGCGAUACUGAGGAUAGUCAAAUGGAUGGGCAAGUUCAAACCUACCUAGCUAGGGUCUGUCUCCAGCCCAACACAGGUCAAGUUCAAGUCUGACCUGCGAAAGUAUCUGUGCCUAGACCAGAGGCAAUGGGCUUCUAGAGUACCAGGACGAGGUGGUAACAGUUAUGCAAUAUUUUCCGCACCAUUGUACCAACUGUCUCUAUUAACCCCAGAGCCCGAAUGGCCUGCAUAUAGUCAUCUCUUCUGCAACCACUCAACCAUGCUGACCCACCUGCUGGUGCUACUACUCUUGCUGCAACUGAAUAUUUAUACGUUGAGACUCCUGCAGUCCAUCAGCCUAGAAACUACUUGUUGCAGGCCACCGCACAGCUCUCAGAUGUGCCAGCCCUGGAGUAUUACAGUGAUGGCCCUCCCCAGUCUGAUUGAGACUUGCGAUCACCCUGACCAACUCGAUCCAGCCUGUGCCGCAGCAGGUACAACUCUAGGGGCAGCCCAUGACCCACCCUCAGCCACUGUCGUCCUCUCGCCGUCGUCUAGCCAGCCGUCGUUGUUAUGGAGAGCCACGACACUGCUGAAUGCCGUGCUAAUCAACGACCGUGUUUUGGCAGUGGAGAGACAAGACCCUUCAUCUCGUGUCCCUUCGGGGAGAAGCAUUCCGGCCGUCUGGCGUCCAGGUCGUGAUUUAGGGAAACGCCAAUCAAGCCCAAGUUCAGCUCUUAUGAGAAGUAGUACUCUCGCUAAAGAAAGUGUCUUUACUCUUUCUGACACAAUAUGACACCACAAGGAAAACGACGGAAAAAAGGGCUGUGAGCUCGUCCUGAUAUUGGCAUCCCUGCUCACAUAAGUAUGAUCCAAGUAACCUAAAUCCUAAAUCAACUCCAUAAUAACGAGGAGGCUGUCUAAUGGUUCAAGGAAAUUAAGGAGAGUUUAAAGUUUUGCAGUGUCAAAAACUUAAUAUUUUGUAUUAUCGACAAAAGCUUGGUGAACAUUGGCAAGUCUACAUGGCAUUUAUACCACUAAAACCGCUGUUAACUGGCGUCCGUCUGCAGAGCGCAAUUGCUUCCAUACUGUAAUUACUAUGGCAACUACGAUAUGCCGAUUCCAGAUAUGAUCUUGGGUGAAGUCUGUACCCAUGUGUAAGACACGUGAGUUGGGAGCACCACUUCGCCAGAUGUAAGCGAGUGGCCACCGCAAGCCACCAGAAUAUGAGUGACACGAGAGAUUAGGAGCACCGCGUCACCAGAUGUGAGCGAGACGAGAGAUGGA